CCGAAAUGGUUUCGGUUGGUCGUACGUCGUAUACUCUUUAGUUGUCCCUCCCUGCAUAAAUGGGCGGUAAUAAAUGUUGCGUCGACGCCUGCGGUAACUACUCGGGCAGGAACAACGCGAUAGUGUUCCACUCAUUUCCAUCCAACCUUGACGUUCGACAACGGUGGAUAGUGGCAUUGCGUGCGAUCAACAACUGUUCGGGAUGGAUCCCCGCCAGAACCACCGUGCUUUGCUCCGACCAUUUUUCGGACGACUCCUACGAGCAGAACAUAACUGCCCGACUAAGUCUUGGACUCAGCAGGAAAGGAUGCAAGCUGCGUCCCGAUGCUGUGCCUUCCCUUUUCCUACUCAGGAAGCGUGCAGCUGCUGAGACUUGGGGAAGCUGUACGUCGACAAAAGAACUUCGCCUUGCGGUUGACACCCAGAUAGUUUCUUGGAGAGGGCAAAGUCUGGUGCUGCACAACUUGUGCCCGAUGAGCCUGCUGGUGUGAAGUGUGCUCCUGUUACAUAUGCAAAUAAAAGGCACCCAACAUUGGCUCCCCGCUUUUGAAAUCUCCCUAAUUUGGAUGUUCCCAAGUUGGCAGCCUGCUGAAGAUGCUGUGCGGGACAACCACUGGCCAAUACAGCUCCCUGGUGCCUCAACCAAAGUAACAACGUCCACCCAAACAUAUUCUGCCUGCUCGAAUCGUAGCUGUCAGGCAAUGCCAGACUACAGAACCAGGGGUACCCUGGCCUUCCCUGACCGGCGCAGCAUGGGCACGCAGUCAUUUAUAGAUAGUAGGAACAAAGGCUGUCAGGCUUUCAUGCACGACGCACAAGACACCAAAGACCAAACACCAAAGAGAAGGCGCCAAAGACCUAGCAGUGUGGGAUGUCAAGCAGACAUAAAGCCUAAUGAUCACAAGUCUACUCAGACAGACUCUAAAGACAUUUUCACUGGCCCUCAAAGCGAAGCAGUCAUGCACUCAUCCGGUGAUCCAUCUCGUGGACCAUCUGUGUCAUCUGAGCAGCACGGCACAGUCAGAAGUAGCAUUAGUGAUGAUGGAGAAGUGACUGCAUCAUGCCAGGGAACUCAGUAUGCAGUAAUAAGCUCGUCUGCUCAGGAAACAUCACAAUCGGCAACUGGCAAGACCCUUGCAGAGGAGACUAAUUACGUGGUUUCCAGGACUCAACUCCUAGAGGCGCUGCAGUUUUGCCGGGAUUGUGGCACUACUGAAUGUCAGGUUCAGCUUUCAACCAUGGGUACCCUUGUACAUGCUGUUAUUACAUGCAAAAGGUCACAUGCGAGGACAUGGCACAGCCAACACUCUCACUGCAAUAAAUGACACCAAGACAGAAAACGGGACAGCAGGAUUUAAAAGGGACAAGGCCUUUCUAAUAUGUUCUCAUCUCCUGAAAAGCAUCUGCCAAAUCAUGUCUAAUGUGCAGGAAGGGCAUGUCUAAUGUGCAGGACCGGAAUCGUUCCGUGCUGUGAGGGCUUGCAGGCAUGUUUGUAAGAUAUGGCUGGACAUGAGCCUGCUUGAUACGUGUGGCACCUGUACUGAUCCUGUGAAGCUGGAGGCAUUCUCAGAAGAACGUGGCAUGUUCCCAUAGCAACCAUAGCAGACAUUCACUUCACGCCAGUGGUGCCGUCUGGCUUUUUUGACGACUGCUUUACUUGAAUAUUUCCAUAAUCUUUGGAAGGUUGAUUCAGUGUUCUGCGGACUGUCGCUUGUAGCUGGGCAAUUUCAAUUCAGUUCAAGCAAGCCUGUUCCCUUUCAUUACUAAGUUUUUUUACUACUUUUUGUGAGAAAGCACCUCCUCUGUGACUAGCAGUUAGAGCCCCUAGUUUUCUAGUUGUUAUGGAACCUCAGGUUUCUGUCGGAAUCAUCACCAGUCACAGAACAUUCUUAGAGCCUGAAGUCUUAGGGUUUAACUUGAUUCUUCCCCAAAUUUGCACCCUGACCUGAAAGUUUACUCUUUAGGGUGAAACCCGAUUUUUACCCGGCAAAUUACCCUCACUGAGGAGUCUGUAGGAAUGCACACUAACUUGUUUGGCACCAAAUGCAGUUAAUAACCGUUUGUAGCAAGCCAGUAGAGUAAAGUUUGAGCAAUUGAGCCCGAUUUCUUUCCCCAAAUUUAGCAUACUGGAAGUUUUUUAACCCGAAUUCGCAUGAAUUUAGAGCACAUGUUUAUUUACCAGAUUUUAACCCCACAAAUUUAGAAAAAAAUAUUUCCCAAAAACAUCAGGCUCUAAAUAUUCUACAUAUUACAAACUUAUGUAAGGAUUUCAAUUGAUCUGCUACAUUUUCGUGGGUGAAACCUGAUCAGUCAUGGCUGCAAUGCCUGACGCGACUGGUACUGCUGGAACUUACACGGUUGAAAGUGCCGGGACGAAAGACAAUUAGCUGACAGGAAUGCCCGCAGAGAAAUUUUCUGGGCUGAGUCUAAUUUGCUUUGUGCACUGAGAAGUUACAAAAGGCUGGGAGAGCACAUGGGACUAGCCGGUAUGUGACCUUGGGAGUAUGCUGUAACAUUUUUUGCCUGUUUUGCAGAUUUGUAAAUCCCACUUUGCAGAAAUGCAAGUUUUAUACUGGAAAAAGCAAAGGCAUUUAUUAACUAUAUCACUCGUCUGACUUCAGAUAUCAGUGGCUGCAAAGAAAACAAAAAUUCUCAGCACAGGUUACAGCAACUUGCAGGGCAGCACUGCCUUAGCUCUUUCAAAACAACUUUAUUUUAAGCUUAGUUUCAUCCCAAGAGGCGAUCUCUACCUCAUUGCUGGUGGUGAUGUGAGGAAUGAAAUAAUGAGCCCCUUCACAAUAAGGAUCGAAGUCCGAUUGUGUUAAAAAAUGUCAAAAAAGCUUUGAGGGCAGAGCGUUGGUGGUCUGGAUUCGGCCAGGGACCAAGCAAUUUUGAUAAGGAGAAGGGGCGAGAGUCCAGCUGACUAAGAGACCCGGAGAGUGCGGUUCGGGAUGGUUGGCAGUAUGGGCAAUGAACAAGAAUGUGCCCCAGAUCCUCUAGAGCACCGCAGUGACAGCAUCUGUAAAACCCACACAGAGUUUGCAUUCUCUUUCAAGCUGCCUCAUUCGCUGCAGUUUUCAUUCAUUCUCCACAUGCUGAACUAGGGCCUUGAUCAUCUGCAAAAAACAUUGUGCUCCAUGCCAUAUUAUUUAUACAAAAUGGCGAAAUAAUCUUGGUCAGGCUUCAUAGCCUCACUUCGGGAAGAAUAUUACCGUACAUUUCCGUAAUCCAAACUGACGGAUAAUUCAAAGCGAUGCUCGGGCUUCAUCAAAGUCCUGUAUUGGGAGAAAACAUGGGAGAAAUGGAGAAAACUUUCCUCCAUGGGAGAAAACACCCAGCAAUUCUAACGUAAGAAUGUACGCAAUGGUUUAUUUGAACAAGAUUACUCAGAUUAGCCCGACUAUACAUCGGCUUGAAAGCACUAGGCCACGCACUGCUGGCAUGUCAGGAGCGCGCUUACUUAUUAAGUGUUCAAUUUGCUUGUUACCAUUAUAUGACUGUUACUCGCCACCUGUGCCAGAAGAACAUGGAAUGAACCGCCAUAAUAGUGUGCACAAAUGAUACCGCUUUCUCGUGGUUGGCAAAGCAAGUAAGCUUUCGUUACAAAGAAAGGAGGAAGUCAGGAGGAAGUUGCAGGACUCGAACCCACAUCUUCUCGAUUGCCGGUCCAGGGCUCUACCAAUUGAGCUAAGCUAACGCGCCUCCUCAAUUAGCUCCAGAGUUGCGUCAUUUCAAGGGACAAGCCACGUCCGCUCACUCACAUUCCAGUUUCACUCUUGCAUGUUUUCUCACUCUCACACAUUCAUACAACAGGGAGACUCAAGCGGCAUCAGUUGAACGUGAUGGAAAUUGAUGUUCUGAGGCUGGAACACAGGAGAAAAAAAGCUUUCGCUGUUUUAAGGGAAUCAAGACCCUUCCUGUUGACGACACAGCCAACAGAACGGUGUGAAUCACAACCGAUAUUUGCGUUCGUAGAGUUAGGGAUUGAGUUGGGCGAUGUUGAUUUAAUUUUGACUGAAGCAACGAAUCUAACAGCAUAUAACAAUUGAACCCCUUGAGAAUACGUCACUAUGCACUUGCUUAAUUUGAAAGUUCUGAUUAAUUUGAAAGUUUCCUGCUGUCCCCUGUUUGAAUAUUGCAAUCUGACCCCAUGAUUCGAGUCAGCUGCACCUCUCAGCCAUGUUAGUUUGUAAGAUUUCCGGCAGGAUUGCGAGAGAACCUAGAUGUCACACACUCACGUACUCGAUGGCAGCAGCCAAUGAGCUACCACACCCUCUUGCCUUUGCUUGUUUCGUGCUAUGACCUGUUGAGGCCCUGUGCACGACAGUCACUUUUGUCUUCAUAAAAUGAUGCUGCAAUUGAGCGAUGUGACACAAUGCCUAACUACAAGGCACUCACAGCAAAAGAAUAGGUAGCCAUCAUCGACGCUGCAAAGGAUGCAACAUGUUCAAAAACGUGCAAGGUGUAUGAAUUUGCUGUAUCUGGAGAAGUAGUGGCAACGAGUUACAGUACAGGUCCCCUGUGGCACCGCUCCAGCAAGGAAGUCGACUUAUUUUUUAUCCACGCGAGGACACAUUCGGGGAUAGGAAGGGGAGCUCUUAUCCUGCGGCAAGGAGUCUCUAAGCAAUUCGCUGGUCAUCGCUUGAUGACACGCGUAGCAUAUCUGCUGUCUUUGCCUGACCCAUGGCCAGAACAUUCGGCAGAGCCUUCUUAGUGCAACAGUAAUAACACCCAUCAGAUAGCAUAUGGACGACUCAUUUCCAAUAAUGGCAUCAAUGGCUCCUCUAGGUUAGGCUUGGUUAGGUUAGGGCUGCCCCCUCUGCUGUGAGGGGGCAUCCGACGCCCCUGACAGCAGCAAAUAGAUGGUCCUGACCUAUGCCACCUUGGACACACGAUUCCGAUGCCAGUUACUGUGCGUGGCUGAUUUGGAAAAGUAGUUUUCUGCAGCCCUCUACAUGCUCAAUAAAGCUAGAUUCCAGCCGACUUGUCGGCAUUUGCUUAAUGUGACAACCCUCUUAAUUCAAUAUUUUUUUUUGUCAUCCAUACGUACGACUUCAAACUAAUGAGGUUCUACUGUACUGUAAUUGGACGGUGGCCUGAAAGUAGGUGGUGUAGUAGGUUGCUGUAGCACAUGCACUAACAACUUUAUUCAAAUGAUAGUGUGAUUGCUGCCAUGCAGUGCUCGUUUUAAUUAUUUAAUGUUGGGCUGCUAUCUGAAGUUGUCAGUGGUGCUGAUGGAUGAAAGUGGAAUGGCCUUGCUUGAAUGAAAUCACCCAACCAACCAAUUGUAAUUAACCAACAAAUUGAGUGUGCUGUGCAGAAAAGUACGGAACAAGGAUAGUGUAGCUGCAUUCAGAACUAAACAUAGUAAUAGGUGCGUAGAAUUUGUAGGGAGGUGCUAUGGGUGUACCGAAACCAAGGAAACGCUUGUGAAAAUAGUGCCACCACAGGCUGAGUGAGCUUACUUUCUUCUCUUCUCGAUAUUUCAACUGUGCAAAAUAAAUUAUCGUUUCAAUGUCA